AUGGACAGGUCUUGGUUGAUGGCUGAUAGAAGAACAAAGGAAUUUGAAAGAGGAGUAGAUGAAUUAUUGUUAUUUGCAUUUGAGAACGGCUGUGAUGAAAAUAAAAUCAGUUGUCCAUGUUUAAAAUGUGCACAUAGCAAGUCCUGGAGAGCUCAAACAGUGAGGUGCCAUCUUUUUCAAAAUGGUAUAGAUCAGACCUACACUCAUUGGAUAUGGCAUGGAGAGUUAAAUACCGAAAGCAAGUCUCCUACAGAAGACACAGCUAGUUCAGAGUCGGUGGACCAAAUCCCGAUGAAACCAGAAAAUGAUGAUAUUGAUGAUGAUAUUUCUUUUGAUUCCGCUGAUGCAUUUAACCAUGUUCAAUCAGAACAUGAACCACUUUAUCCGGGGUGUGAGGGAUUUACGAAGAUGAAGGCUUUGGAAUGGAGUAUGAAAAAAUUCACGUAUGCUCCAAAUGAUUGUGUAUUGUAUCGUGGAGAAAAGGAUGAAGAUGAGACACGUUGUCGUGUUUGUCAAGCCUCUAGAUGGAAGUUGAACAAAAAAGGAGAAGAAUUAGAAGGGGUUCCAGCAAAAGUUUUAUGGUAUUUUCCGUUGAUACCACGUUUGAGGACUUUAUUCAGUUCUGCACAAACAGCCAAGGAUUUGACAUGGCAUGACACGGAGAGAAUAAAUGAUGAUGGGUUCAAUCCCUUUUACAGCACAAAUAUUGAUUAUUCAUGUUGGCCAGUUUUAAUGUCAAUCUACAAUCUCCCACCAUGGCUUUGUAUGAAGACGAAGUAUAUUAUGCUAUGUUUAUUGAUAUCCGGACCAAAGGAACCUGGCAAUGAUAUUGAUGUGUUCCUUCAGCCGCUCAUUGAAGAUUUACAAAAUCUAUGGACUGGAAAACAAGUUUAUGACGCAUACAAGAGGGAGUAUUUCUUGCUGCGAGGCAUUUUAUUAUGGACAAUUAGUGACAAUCCAGCCUAUGGUAACUUGUCAGGGAACAUUGUAAAAGGGUAUAAUGCGUGUCCUGUUUGCGUUGAUGGAACAAAAGCAACGAGGCUUGCUAAUUACCGUAAGUGCGUGGUCAUGAGGCAUCGGAGGUGGUUGCCCCGUGCACAUCCAUAUCGAAGGAAGAAAGAAGAUUUUGAUAACACAGUGGAAAAGGGAACUGCCCCAAUUCCAUUAACCGGGGAGGAGGUGCUUGAGAGAACAAAACAUUUAAAGGGUCAUGUCUUUGGUAAGACACAACGCCAACCUCGAUUCCAAAAAGGUGAUGUUCGACCUAUUUUUAAGAAGGUUUCUAUAUUUUUUGAACUUGAGUAUUGGAAGUUUUUGCCGGUUAGACAUGUUCUCGAUGUUAUGCACAUUGAGAAAAAUAUUUGCGAAGCUUUACUUGGUACUAUGCUUAAUAUACCCAAGAAGACAAAAGACAAGGAAUCUGUCCGGCUAGACAUGGCUGAAAUGGGAAUAAGAACGGAGCUAAGGCCAAAAACUCCCGGGAAAAAGGAGAAGUUACCAUUGGCAUCUUUGAAUUUAACUCAUUCGGAAAAAAAAGUAGUUUGCUCAUCAUUUCUAGGCAUGAAGUUGCCUGAUGGCUUCUGUUCAAAUAUUAGAAGUUUAGUUUCAAUGGAAACUCUUCGACUUACUGGAAUGAAAUCUCACGACUGCCAUAUGAUCUUGCAUCACUUGCUCCCAAUUGCGAUACGGUCGUCACUGCAAAAACAGGUCAGAAACACUGUCAUUAGAUUCUGUCUUUUUUUUAAGGCAAUUUGUAGUAAAGUUAUUGAGGUUGAUAAGUUGGAGAAAAUGCAAUCCCAGCUGGUGGAAACUUUGUGCCAACUUGAAAAAUACUUCCCCCCUUCCUUGUUUGAUAUUAUGUUUCAUCUCUCGGUCCAUCUUGUACGAGAAGUAGAGCUUUGUGGACCAAUUUUUCUUAGAUGGAUGUAUCCUUUUGAGAGAUAUAUGAAGACAUUUAAAGGAUAUAUAAGGAAUCAGGCUCGUGCAGAAGGUUGCAUUGCUGAGGCCUAUGUUGCAGAAGAAGCUGUUGAGUGUUUGGUGAACCAUGAGGAAGCGACAGUUGGGUUGCCAAAAAAUGGUAGGCAUAGGAAGGAUGCCUUUUGUAGGCCAUUAUCUGGUGCAUCAGUUAUAACUCCGAGCGACAAUGAUUUGCAUUUAGCCCAUUUAUGUGUUUUACAAAAUACGGCUGCGGUUGGGCCAUAUUUUAAUGAACACAUGUCAUUUUUGAUGACUAAAUAUCCGGCAAAUGAAAAUAAUGAAAUGUGGCUAAAGAAUAAGCAAAAUGAGACAUUCCCAGAAUGGUUUAGAGCAAAGAUUGCUUCAGAUUUGCUUGACGAAAAGGAGAUAUCACAAGAAAUAAGAUGGCUCGCAGAUGGGCCCAAUAAGGAUGUCCCUACAUACAAUGGUUACAAAAUGGAUGGGAUUACCUUUAGCACCAAAGCUCGUGAUGAUACACGUAAUGUUCAAUGCAGUGGCGUGUGUGUUCAAGCCGAUACCAUGGUUGUGCAGGUUAAGGAUCAAAUUGUUGAGCAUGCCUCACCUACAUUUUAUGGAGUGAUAAUAGGUAUAUGGGAGUUAGACUACAACAACUUUAGGAUCCCUAUUUUUCGUUGUAAUUGGAUUGAUAUGAAUAGAGGGACUAAGGUAGAUGACUUGGGUUAUACUUUGGUUAAUUUGAAUAAGUUGGGGUUUUUUAAUUAUCCAUUUGUGCUAGCGAAACACGUUAAGCAAGUAUGUUACAUAGAUGAUCCUCUUGAUAAACUAUGGUCCGUGGUGUUGAAAUUACCCGAGAAAAACUAUUAUGAGGACAAUGAUGAAGAAAAUGAGGGAUCCGUGGAAGUAGAACUUGAGAAUGAGUGCUUUGUGCCAAAUUUCCCGGAUGUUGAUUUAGACGAGGAGGACACGACUAGCUACAUGCGAGAUGUAGAUGAACUAAUUCAACUUUCAUGA